AUGCAUAAGGAUGCCAUGGAAGGCAGAAAUCAUUGUGGAGAAAAACAGACAAAUGGGGCGUUGUGUCUGACAUCUCUGGCAGGGAGACGAUGUAAGAAGAAACUGGAUCAGAUACAGGCAUCACCAAGUCAGAUCUUCAUCCGUCUUGGUAUUUUUGCCAGCAGUUUUAGGGUUAUAGAAAGAGAGCAUUACCACUUAAUAGCAAAAAGAAAAUAUGUCUAUGAGCCAGAUAGAAACGUGCUGCGAAGGAAAGAAUGGGAAAGGAGAAAUCAGGAGGCCCAGCAGGAGGAUGGCACGUUUAACACGAGUUACUCCCUCUUCAGUGAACCGUACAAGACGAACAAGGGGGAUGAGCUCUCAAAUCGCAUCCAGAAUACGCUGGGCAACUAUGACGAAAUGAAAGACUUGUUAACUGACCGGUCAAACCAGAGCCACCUUGUUGGGGUUCCAAAACCUGGGGUUCCUCAGACAUCUCUCCCCAAGGCUGAUGAACAUCUUACUGCAGACUCAAGACUGCCGCCUCCCCCUCCCAUUUCCAGCACUACUUCUUCCACACCAGCAGCCCUACCUGCCCAGCAGAGCAAAAGUGCUGCGAUGGGUUGGCAGAAGGCCGGGCACAAUGCUGCUUCAGAUGGCCAGCAGAGAGCGAGCAAGCACGGGCACCGGUCACUGGAGUCACACAAGGGUGACUUCAAACUGGUGAACCAAAAAUCCAGUCUGGAGAAACUAAAACGCUAUGCAUCGAGUCCCACCUCCUCCUCCUCCUCCAACACCACCCAGCAGAGCUCACUGAGGGCCACACUAGGAGAAAACAUUAACAGAGUGCAGCAGCCAGCAAAAAUCAAUUGCAGCUCAGAAGGAGGAGCUCAAGCACAAGAGAGGCCAGCAAAACAUGGUGGUGGGCACUGCGUCCAAAAUUUCCCGCCCUCUCUUGCUUCGAAGCCCAGUCUGGUUCAGCAGAAACCAACAGCUUACGUAAGGCCAAUGGAUGGUCAAGACCAGGCUCCUGAUGAGUCUCCAAAGCUGAAGUUACCAGCUGAGACAACCAAGUCGUAUAGGGGAGUGCCUUCUAACAAGCCUGAUUCGGCCAGGACCAAGUCAAAGAUAGCCAAGUUCAGCAUUCCUAAGCAAGAAGAGGACAGUGGAACAGGAGAUAACAGCUGCAUUGAAGAAAUAUUGCGGAUGAAAGAAUUAACCGAGACAGUGCCACGGGACAAGAAGAGCACACCUGUGAGCACCGAAAAAGCUGUUACUUCUCACCCGACAUCUCCAGAGCAAAAUGGAAGAUACCCCAGAACAAAACAGAAGGAGAUGACCCAUUCCUGGCCUCCACCACUGUCAGCUAUUCACACACCAGGAAAGGCAGAACAAAGCAAGUUUCCCUUCCCAAACAAGGAAUCUCAACAGGGAUCUACAGGACACAGCAAUACAAGGAAAAGUGAUGUAGAGCCAAAGAGUCCAGAGAAAAGCGCAACCCAUACAUCAAUGCUAGAAGAUGACCUCAAGUUAAGCAGCGAUGAAGAAGAGAAUGACCAGCAGGCAGCACAGAGAUCUGCUCUCCGCGUUCUAUCUGACAGCCUGGUGGUGCCGCAGUCGAACACCCGAGCCUCAGGAGUCUCCAGCAAAGGGUCGAGCAGCAGCAGUUCCAGUGAAUCCGAGACCAGCUCAGAGUCUGACUCAGAGAGUGAAAGCAGCUCCAGCGAGAGUGACGGCAGCAAGCCCUCACAUUACUCCAGCCCAGAGCCUGAGCCACCCUCAUCCAACAAGUGGCAGCUGGAUAAGUGGCUAAAUAAAGUCACCCCGCACAAGGCACCCAUCCUGACCCACCAUGACGGCCCCGCACUGGAGACCCAUCCCUACUAUGGUCGUGUGAAGGCAGAGCGACAGGAAAGCGAGAAGACCCCGGCCACUGGCCCGGCUGAGCACCGCAGUGGGGAAGGCCGUGCCACCGCCAGCACCACUGUCGGGGACGGACCACGGCCCAGGACUGCCAACAAAGCUCCAGGCAGCAAGGGCAGCCGCCAAAAGUCACCCCCUGCUGCUGACGGCGGACCCCCAAGGCGGGCAGCAGGGAAGAAGGCACCGCGGCGGACUGAGAGGACCUCUGCCGGGGACGGCCCCCCCUGCCCUGGCACAGAGGAGCCCCCCGGGAGCCACAGUUUUCCAGAAAGCACUGCUGGCGAGGCACCGAGGGCCCGGCCUGGCAGCAGCGGCACCAGCGGUGGCUGCAGAGCGGGUCACCGCCGGGAGCCCCGCUCAACUGCAGCUGGCGAGAAGCGUCGGGCCCGGGGGCCAAGCAAAACGGCGCCCAAAUCCAAGGAGUUCAUCGAGACUGAGUCUUCAUCCUCAUCAUCCUCCUCUGACUCGGGCUCUGAGUCAGAGCGGGAGGAGCGCCCGCUGCCCAAGGCGCCAGCAGCAGCUGGGGCCGAGCCACGUGCCAAGGACGCAGGGACCGGCGCCGCCAACAAACCCCACGGCGGCUGCAGUGCCUUUGGCUCCAUUAAUGCCAGGACUAGUAGUGAAAUAGCAAAGGAGCUGGAGGAACAGUUUUACACCCUGGUUCCUUUCGGUAGGAAUGAGCUCCUGUCUCCUCUGAAAGACAGUGAUGAGGUAAAGUCGCUGUGGGUCAACAUUGACUUGGCUCUUUUGUCCAGGAUUCCAGAGCGUUUGCCUGAAGAGCCGCUGGCCAUGAGCGCUGGAGCAAACCAGGUGGCCAGCCUCCCGCAGGGUAGUAGUGCUGACCCCCCCGCAGAGAAGGGUUUACCGAAAUCUAGAAGGAAACGCAAGUGUGAGAAUGAGGAAGAGUGCAGAGACAUCAAGAAGACUCACUUAGAACGAGAGAGUUCUUCACGAUUAGCUGCCUCUGCUCACAGCAUCACAACAGCAAAUCACUGCAAUAUGAAUGAAAAUAGCUUGGCAAUACCAAUAAAUAAAAAUGAGAAAAUGCUUCGGUCACCCGUCUCUCCCCUCUCUGAUGCAUCAAAACACAAAUACUCCAACGAUGAUUUAACUUCCUCCAGCAGACCUAAUGGCAGCAGUCUAUUACCUUCCAUCUCCUCCAGCAAAAAACAUAAGGGAGAAAUCCAGUCACAGCCACAUCCCGGAGACUUCAAUAAAGCAGUUCACAUCAAUUCAGAAAAUGUUCUUCUCUGCAAUAAGCCACAGUCCCAAACAGAGCCUUGGUCACCUCUGUCCAGCACACCCAGGGACUGCAGAAGGACAAAGCUUAUCUUUGAUGAUAUGCCACGCAAUGCAGAUUACUUUAUGCAGGAAGCUAAACGGAAGAAGCAUAAAGCAGAUGCAAUGGUGGAAAAGUUUGGAAAGGCACUGAAUUAUGCAGAAGCAGCACUAUCGUUUAUUGAGUGUGGAAAUGCAAUGGAACAAGGCCCAAUGGAAUCUAAAUCCCCUUAUACAAUGUAUUCAGAAACAGUUGAACUCAUCAGGUAUGCAGUGAGACUAAAAACCCACUCAGGCCCCAAUGCCACACCAGAAGACAAACAGCUGGCAGCAUUAUGUUACCGCUGCCUGGCCCUUCUGUACUGGAGGAUGUUCCGACUCAAGAGAGACCAUGCAGUCAAGUAUUCAAAGGCGCUUAUUGAGUAUUUCAAGAAUUCAUCAAAAGCUGCCCAGAACCCAUCUCCUUGGGGUGCCAGUGGAAAGAGCACAGGAACUCCAUCACCCAUGUCUCCUAGCCCUUCUCCAGUCAGCUCUGUAGGAUCCCAAGGGAGCACGGGGGCUCCUUCCCCAUCUCCUAUCAUCAGCAUCCCGCAGCGCAUUCAUCAGAUGGCUGCCAACCACGUCAGCAUCACCAACAGCAUCCUACACAGCUAUGACUACUGGGAGAUGGCUGACAACCUGGCUAAGGAAAACAAAGAUUUUUUUAACGACUUGGAUGCAUUGAUGGGACCUAUCACCUUGCACAGCAGUAUGGAGCAUUUAGUUCAGUACACUCAACAAGGACUUCACUGGGUGCGAAAUAGCGCUCACUUGUCAUAAUGACUGUGUGCCAUUCACAUGGACAGUAUACCUUUCAUGGAUAAUUCAGUUAUUCUGGACACUGUGCUACAGAAAUAGUCAACCACAGCAUUGAUCCAAACAAAGGUGAAUAUUUCUUCAAUAUUGAGCAAAAUUUUUCUGAGUGUAGACCUGUAUGUGUGCUUAUGUACAAGAUACAAUGAUGUCUCUUCAGAAUUAAUUGUUCUGUACCACUCUCCAAACAUUUAUAUACACUAGAAAUACCAGAAAGAACUGAUCUUAAUGCACAAAACAUACCCUUUGUAUUCUUGUGCUGAAAAACUCAGAAACCAAAAUCUCAUGGGUUGAUUGCAAGUGCAAUAAGCACAGAUCCCUAUUCAGGAAAGCUCUCAAUAGAUUCUUAACUUUAAGCCUGUACUGAAAUCCUGUUGACUUCAGCAGAGCUUAAGCACAUACAUGAGGGCUUUCCUGAACUGGAAUAAAUGAGGGCAAAUCAUAGACAUGGAGAACUUUUACUGUGAGCAUGGACACGUCACAGAAUUUUCAAUUUUAAUGUGCCAUCUCCCUAUUACUUCCCCACUGGGGCACACAGAGGAGUUGUGUAGUCCGCAUUAAGUUGGGGAAAGACGGAAUUCCUUCAUGUGCAAUAAUUUUCAACAAAUUGCAUGCAUUCCUUUAUCUCCUGUCUUUUUAAAUAACUUUACCUCUUGUUCAGCUCCUCACCAACGGUAUAACCUACAGUAUCAAGCAAAAAGCCUGAAAACAGAUAUGCGGAUAGCAAGAACUUAAAAGAGAUGGUGGAAAAUUGCAUUCUGUUACUAACAGUAAAUAGAUAAAUGAAAAUAUAUGGCAAACUGCAGUCCACUUAGUAAAGAAAAUGUGUUCAUUUCAGCUGCGUAGAGACAGAGACAGAGUGUCUCUGUGUCUGUAACAGUUGUUGGCUUUGCACAGGAAGGCUUCAUCCCACAGAUUUUGACUUUCAUAUCUUUUUCAUCUAGCAGAAGCUUGCAGCAUUUUCUUCUGGGCUGUAUGGGAGCAUUACAUGCAAUUUCCUUUCUCUGGGAAGCUGCGUUUGCUGCUCAUCAGACUAAGAACUGUUUCCUAUCAUAAUCCUCUCACUCUUCAUGCAUAAUCCUCAAUUAGGCUUUAACAUUUCUUGAUUUAUGGGAUGCUUUCAGUUCCUGUUGACAGGCUGUGUUUUUCAUGCCAGAAGAAUUAAUCCCACAAUAAUUGGAGUUUAAUUUGGGUCAGCUGGGGUCAAGGCCGGUUCACAUCAACUGUGCUUGUUUCAGUUUUUCUGAAAUUCAGUUCAUUUUUGUUCAUUUUCAGUGGUUUUCACACAUUUAGUUUUCUUUUUCUGUAUUGGAAAUAUAAUUUUUUUACAAUCAGAUUUGCAACCUUUACUCAAGUCAGCAGUUCUGGUGACUUUCAAAAGGACUGUUCUUGUCCGAGUCACUGGUUAGACCCUUUAGUUGUUGUUUUCUAAUCUAAUUUACUUAUAUAUUAAAGAAAUGUGAGUACAAAAGACUCUUUCAAUAGAAUAUACAAGUAGUCACUGAUACUGAUGGUUGAUUGAUUGGUCCUUGCUGUCUUUUAUUUCCUCCCCAUUUUUGAAGAGCUGCAUUUUGAAAAAAAAGAUAGCAAACAAUAUGGCACGUUUUCUCAGUAAAACAUCUUCGUUAACACAGGCUGUAUGUACCCUGUGGUAAAGAGUGAGCUUGAGAGCACACUGAGCCCCACAUACCUUCAUUUUUUUGUCAAGGCUGCUUAUCAUAACUCUAACUGUUGCUCAGACUCAGAGCAUUCACCUCGUUCUUCGAAGCAGCUCAGCGGGGUAGCUACCUAGGAACUAACUGCUCAGCCCCAAGCCAAUCCUGGGCCAAUAUUUAUGUGCCCAUUGGUGCUCAGAUACUUCCUCACCAAGAGAAGUCCUGAGCUCAGGCUGUAGUCACCUCUUAGCAUGGGUUACAGUGUGGAUGGCUUUAAGAGUGAACAUGGACCUGCCUUUAAAUGGCAAAAUAUACAUUCUCCAAGUCCUCCCAUCACUCUUAACUCUGGCUGUUACCUGCUCCAGAAGGAACACAAUUUGUUUGUUCAAAAGUAUCGUGGAGAACUUGAUCGGUGCCUUUCUGUUUAGCACUUGCCUGAUCUCUGACUGUAGAAGUCUGUCAUGAUUUACUAGACUAGUAGCAACAGAUUCUGUCAGCUGCUUCAAUACCAUACAAUGUACUGUGGGAUUUCUCCUCAGAUCAGGAAAGUGAAAUUCCAGCUAGAUUAGCUUCUGUUUUCUUUGAUGGUGCCUAUGAUGUUUAUCUUCAGAUAAGUUUGGGGGUUUGGGAGCCCUUACUGCUAUUUAAAGUUGAGAAAUUUUAGAAGUGACAUAUAUUACUUGCCUUAAAUGGAGUUUAGUUUUAUUGCACAUGUGGCAUUUGAGUUUCAAAUAUGGAACUUUGAAGCAUGUUUAUUUUACUAAAAUCGGGAUAUUUUUCUUAAUCAUGAUAAACUCUUUGUAUGCAUGUAAUAUGUCAAGAAACUUCAAAGAAAUGCAAGAAUUAAUGCUGUCCUGUUGUAACAUUUCUAAGUACUAAGGAUCUCCUGUAGAUGUUUGUCAUUUCUUGUACAUGGUUCUUAUAUUGAAUUAUUCCAGCUAAAAUACCCAUUGCUUCCAUGGAAAAACACACUGGUUUUUAGUUUUUGUGCUGGCAUCAUCUGUGUUGUCUGAUGAGCACACUGAGCCUUAACUUCUGGUGGUGUAACAGGACGAGAUAGCAGCCAUUUAAACCAACUAGACAUAUAAAUGAAUAAGAGGUGUUGGUGUCUCCACAGGGUUUUUUUCAGCUACACUAUUUUGUGAGGUUAUUUAGAAUAGAAUACUCUUCUGUGCAGCCUAUAUGCUGUAUAUGGUUGCUGCUGUUUAGAUGACUGAAUGUGGCAUGAUGACAACAAAUACUUCAUCUCGUCUUCUUAGGGCCUGGUCUGGAAAAGUGCAUGUGGCUUUUAGGUCUGCUCCAAUUAAGCGUGUGCUCCAUGUUAAGACCCUGCAUAGUUUUAGGCACUUCACCAUGAGUUGAAGGUGCUCUGUAAAUUCAGGAUGGGACCAGAGGAGACUAUCCUUCUUUAGGGUUCCAUGAAUGAUGCUGGCUUGGUUAAUCUGUUGUAAAAGUCCAGGAAUGUGCAGGCUUCUUUACACCACAGCAAUGUUCGGGUUCAUUUUGUGAAAGUACAAAGUUAUUCUAUACAAAUCCAGCAGGAUUAUGCCUAGAGGGAGAGGUUUGCUUACAAACAGAGGCUUCUGAAUCAGUGUUGGUAAAGCAGUGGGAAUGGAUUCAAAGGAACCAUGUAUUGCAGGUGCAUGCAACAAAUGCAGAGCAGCCUAUAGAAUCCUUAAAGACAGCAAGAUUAUACAGACCCCUUGGCCUUAAUCCUUUAUAGUAUUCCAUGGUGGCAUGAAUGACAGGUAAGAACAAAGUAUAUGCAGAGGUUCAAGUGUGGCCAAAAGCCAAGCAUAGUAGUCCUCCCUGUCGCAUGGCAGGAUACCCCAACCCCUUGUUUGUCUGUUUCUUGUAUCCAAAUAUCAUCAGGCUCCAAAGGAAGAUAUUACAGUGAACAGAGGAUCUUAGGUAAAGGAGGUUAGAAGAUCAAGCCCUAAGUGUAGAUACAAACACGUAUGUAUAUACUGUAAAUCUAAAUAGUAAUAAAAGUCACUCAGCAUGAAGGAUACUACUAGUGCCUACCAUUGAUCAUCAAGUACUCAUCAUUGAGCAGCCAUAUCACCUCAGAAGUGCAGUAACUGUUAUCAAAAUAAUUUGUGCAGCUAAUUAAUUUAUAAGAAAUGCACCUUUGGGACUGUGCCAUAGUAUCUCUUUUGUAAUACAAAUGUUCAACCAUUUUUCAUGGCUACUGAUUCACAUCUAUAUCACUAAAAUGUCAGGAUAUCUUUUUUUCCCUAAAUGAGGACAUAUACUUAGACCUGGCUAAUCUGUGCUUAGUUUAUCUACCCAAGAGACUUUAGUAGUCACCAGCCUUAACGCAUGUACAGUAUAUAUUAUUCACUGAUUUAGUUGUAGGUUUUAAUCCAAAUGAAAUUGGAAUUUGUGAAAUGACUUGGAUUAAUGGCAUCUGCAUCAGUUAUCCUGCAGAUGUGACAUUAAAUGAUUCAUGAUUUUGAGCAGGAAAAGUUGAAUUUUAUGUAAAUAACAGUGGAUGAAUUCCUUGAUCUUUUUACAAGAUUUUUUUUUAAUGAAAAGAUUGUCAAAGCAAUAGGUUUUUUAACUCUCCUAAAUUUUCUGGAGGGUCAUGGGUUCAUGGUAAAAGCUAUAUUAAGAACAUCUCCUUCUGCAAUAUGCCUUGCCUUUAUGUAAUCCUCUUAAUGCUUAAUAUGUCAGAAAGAAAUGUUUCUUUUUCACAGCGAUAGCAACAUUUCCCUCCCCCAUCCAGGGAGAAUCCUCAAACUAAAGAAUAAAAUCUCCUUGUACAAUAGAAAUACAAACAAUGCCUGAAGAAUAUGGACUUGUUAAGAUAACAAUAGAAGCUUGGCUGGUGCAGACCUAACAUGCUUCUCAUUUUGGUUUCUUUUUGUUAGCAUUUACAUCACAUAUUUGAACUCAUUGUGUUUGAAACUAGAGAAUUAGUCUGAUUUUUCAUCUUAAAAAGGCCUGGUAGGUCUGAUCACUAUCAUAAUUAUAAUUGUUACAUUAGCUUAUGUGCUAUGCACUGAGGGCUGGGAAGGCAUGUAACCAUAGAUAAAUUUGUCAGAAUGUAUUCUGAAAAGCAGUUGGAUAAUCUUACAUCGAGUCUGUUGCAAAAACCGGAGACCAAUGUCUCUCACCCAAUAUUAUUAGCAUGAAAAUUUGGCUACUUUAAUGCCUCUCAUAAAGCUGCCAUUUGCCCUCAAUAAGGCCAAGGCUCCAUUUCCAGUGUUAUUGGUUGCCAUACUGUAAAUUGUUCUUAAGGUUAAUUACCAAACUGAGAAAGUCACUUUAGGCUCUGUGCUUACCUCACAAAAGCUACAGAGAAGAAAAGCACUAAGAUCUGGAGCAUCCAAGGCUCCAUCAUUCUUUCAAAAGACUAUGCUUUACCUCAGUGAGAUGGGCAGGAUUCAGCUGGGGCUAUUACUUCAAGUAAUUCCUCUGCCUACACUUGCUGUCUGGCUCUACUGCUCUUGGUAGUCCACAAGUAUGCCCUGCACUUUCAGGGGUGUUAUCUACUUUGGCAGCCCAAGCUACCUUUCAAACAGGCUGCUGGAGCACGGAGCAAGUAACCUACGGGAUGCAUAAAGGGCCUUGCUUUCCCCCACAAAACCAGCAGCAAAUACAGCAAGUCUCCCUCUCUUUUCUGAUCUGUGUAGCUCACGUGCUGUAGCUUGAAUCCCAGCCUCAUGCCUGCUGCCCUUGAAGGACUUCAGAGGGUUCAAGGAAAACAUCAGAAUGACAAAAAGUGGGGAUUUCCUCUGUCCCAAGGCACAUAUUCCUUUUUGGGAGUGAAUAUAGAGAACAGCAUGGAUCAUAAGGCACUCAAGUCUCAUGUUUCUCAUAUGUACUAACACAGGGAUACUUACCACUUAUCUGCCUCAUAGGGCUUUAUGAGAAUUAAUUAAUGUUUGCAAAUCACUUUGUAUCCUCAGAAGGAAAGUGCUGUAGAAGAGCUAUGGAAAAAACUGCUAAGUACACUGGAUGAAUUUCACCCCUGAGUCCAGAGCUACAAGACCCUCAAAAUCCUUAAAUACCAUGUAAGCUCUCAAUGUAAACGCUAGAGUAUAUAAAACUUGUGCUUAGUGCUGAGGGGAGUCACAGCCUAGGCAAAAUUGCCUUUCCCAGAGUAUCUAUAACUUUGAUCCUGGUAGUGAGCAAGAAUCCCAACAGUACAUAAGGGGACAAACAGCACAGGUUAACUGAGUGCGUGUAGCCAUCCUAAGAAUUUCAAAUCUUUUUAUGUCUUUGAGCCACUUUAUAUUUCUGUGAAAGCAAUUUGCCUCCCCAGUUGAGCCAAGUGUGUUUCUCCUAACAGCUUCAGAACUAUUCAAAUUAUUUGUGAUUCCAAAUCUAGCUUCAAAUAACUGCAAAUCAAUGGAAAUUUUCUUUCAGAAUGGUGCAUUGCAGAGAGGACUAGUUGCUUAAUGAAACAUAAAAAUAAUUGUUGCUCUCUUAACUAAGUCUGUGUUGGUUUGUGAAGCAUAUUACCAGUAACUGAGCUGGGAAGUCAGAGAUAUGUUGGGAGCACAAUGUUCAGGGAGUUACUUCCCCAAAUGACACCAUUGUUAGCCAGCAUCCCCUGGUCAAACUCCCAGCUCUGUUCUGACACAUUACUUCUAGAAGUCAUCAAUAAAGCACUUCGCCAAGGACUGAACACCAGUCAAAUCAACAAAAUGUUUCUAUUGCUGUCGUGUUAUUCAGGCAAUACUAACAAAUCCUUCCUUCCUUAGUGCUAGUUAUCCUUUUCCUCCUCCAUUUGGCAUUCUUAGAUAGGGAAUUCUCACCCUGUCAACAGACAUGAAAGGAAACACUUCCUGCUAGACAUGGAUAACACUUACCAAAGAACAGGCCCUUCUUAGUCUUUUUCUCACUUUCAUUUUGAAAAAUAUUUGUAUUGAAAAAGGGUAUUUUC